CUUACUUCCUCUUUUUCACCUCACAAGAGUAUUAUUUGUCAUUUAAUACAUUCACCCUGUCUGCCACCUUCCCCAAAACCUAAAGGUAUGUGUGUGGGUCUAAGUGUAAAGAUCUCCAGCAAGUGAAAAGCUUCAGGGAGAACAGCGCUGUGUUCAUUUCCUUUCAGUUGGUUUGUGGGCUUCUGGAUAUUUUGACCUCUCUUCUCUGGACUUAGCGCGGCGGGAAAAAAUGCAGAUCGUCUUUGGGAUCCUGUUGAUGUUCACAGGAGCUGCCUCGGGUUCGCUGUUUCAGGAUCAUGUGGUCUGUAGUUUUAAUGAGAGUAAUCAGUGUUAUGUAGCUGUGGGACAACAUCUGCACCUGCAAAUGCCCUGGGAGGAUGGGUUUGACCUAAAGACAAACAAUAGUUUCAUUUUAAAAUAUAGAAAAACCCAAAGUCCCACACCAACACCACGUCUCACAAGAUGGCAGUUUGUUAAUGAUAAUAAAACUAUGAUACUAACCAGUGCAGAGAGGAGCGACUCUGGAACAUACACUUUAGACAUCUAUGAUGUAGAUGGGAAACUUAAAGGGAAUUAUACACUCCAGGUGAACAUUGAAGCUCCAGUAUCCUCAGUGAAAGUAUCACACAGCUGCUUAUCCACUGUAACUGUGAAAGUGAACUGUUCUGCUGAUGGAGACAACCUCCGCUUCAGCUGGACUUCUGAUGUUAACACACUCCCUCAACUGAAGAACGGGAGCAGCAUUGACAUACAGGAACAAAACCAUCAAGGAAAUGUCACCUGCCAUGUAGAAAAUCAUGUCAGCCGUGACCAUGAUACUGUUGAACUCCUCCAAUGUCCUGAUCCCACAACUACGACAACUACAGAUGGGAAAACCUCAGACAGGACAACACAGAGCCAUGAACUCAUUCUCUCAGUGGGCUCAGUUUGUGUGCUUUUGAUCAUCUUAUCCAUCGUAGCGAUCUACAUAUUCAAGAGGAUGCAUGGCUCCAAGAACAAAGAAGCUACUUCUCAGGACGGCAGGGAGCUGUACGCACAAGUCACCGAUGUAUCUGCUAACACCAUGGAGAGAAGAGCCAGGACAUCCCAAGCUCAAGUCGACAAUGUGGAGUAUGCCGUUGUGGUUCCUCGGGGCAGCAACAAGAAACAGAAGAGUUAUGAGGACGAGGUGCAGUAUGGCGAGCUGGUGUUUAACACCCCUGCCAAAAACCACCACCCGAUGCCCAAAGUGCAAGAUGAUUGCGUGUACUCACAGGUCCAGCGCGGGUCGUGAGGUAUGCAAAUCCUCUACACACUUAGAUGGGAAGAGAGUAUUAUAUUUUUAUACAUCAAAGUGGAGCUUGAAUAUCUAAAUAAUAUCUUUAAAAAAAUGUAACUAUAUUUUUCUGUUGCAGAAUCAUUCUGAUAGAGGAAGUUUCUAGCGUAGACUUUCCACCCGUACACACUCAUCUCUGUCCCAAAAUAAUACCUCACAACCCACACAACUGAACACUGCAGUUUAUUCUACUAGUUUUGUUCACUUCAAAAACAACAGCUUUCCACAUCAGUGCCUUUUUGUAAAAGCUAAAAAUGUGUUUGCAAAUGAAAUUUAACAGAUAUACACUGGUUCUGCACCGCAAAAAUGAUAUAUUAGCAAACGCAUCAAAAUUUCUUAAGCAACAUUAUUCACCAGAUUUUAGGAGACGUAAACAUCUCCAGAAAUGGCGUUUGUUUUUAUCACAUAAGUAAGGAAUAAAAUACUUAGGGGUGUGCUGUUAGAGGAAAAACAUCACAGCAACGAUUUUUUUUUUUAAUUAAAUAAUUGCAUACCUUUAUUUCUUUCUUUCUUUUGUCACUGUCUAUUAAAGCAAGUAGGGAUAAGAUGCAGCUUAUGUUACAGAGAAAGCUGAAAGCACAAUGUCGUUAUGAUUUACAAAGAUAAACUUACAGAUGUACCUCAGAUUUGUUACAAACCGGCAACUCUGGAAACAAAAACUAGGGAUGAUGGGAUUUUCUUCUGUAAAUAGCAUGUUUUUUUUUUAUUAUUAUUAUUUGUAUAUUUAUUAUUAUAUUUGGAUUAUAUCAAGUGGCCGGCACAUACCAUACCAAUAUAACCCUUGCAGCUGGUACUGCGGUCAGAGCUGCGGUUAUCUCAUGUUGAUUAACUUCUUUAAAUCAAAAUGUAGAUUUCAACAGCAAAGUAUUAGAUCGUGAGAUGGAAAUGACAGAAAUUACAUAAUAGACAUUCACAUUUCACUUACUAUGAUACUUUUUUUUUUUUUU